UUGAAGGGGCACUUGCAAUCGCGGGAAAGCAAGAGGCGCGAAGCGUUCUUCGUCCGGCUUCCCGGGGAGCUGCGCAUGCGUCAGGAGCGUCGCUGCUUUCUUGAGGAAUGGCUGGGCGCCUGCGUUCUGGAAACUUGUUUCGAGAGCGGCGCACUGCGGCUGCGCGCUGCGGAGCUGCUGGGCCUGCGCAGUACUGAGGAGCCGUACGGCGCACGCGUAGGAGGAGCCAAGUGAGAGGCGGGGGGAGGAGGAGGAGAGAUCUCGUUCUUCCGUCGGUUCCUCGCGCUCGGUCUGAGGAGGAGCCGCUCGGAGCGGCUGGCAGGCGGGGAAGGAGGCCCAGCCCGGCCCCACCCCGGGCCCCGGCGGCCCAUGCAAGGGAUGCUGGAGAUGGCCGCGGACCAGGAGGCCUUCCUCGUGCCGGCGCCGCCGCCCCCCAAGCCGCCGCCCAGGGGCGGAGCCGCGGCCGGCGGAGGGAACGCCCCCCGGGGGGGGCAGCAGCAGCUGCGCCAGGGGGACGCCGCGCCGGCGGGGGGCAGCCAGGGGGGCACGCCCCCCCUGGAGCCGCUGGGGCCCCCCCAGGCCAACCACGAGCGGGGCGGCAGCCGGCCCGCCAAGGAGCCGGAGGGGCAGCAGCCGCCAGAGGAGGGCGGCGGCCUGGCGGAGCUGCAGCGGCCUCGCAACGGAUUCCAGCCCCAACAGAAGCCCCCCGGCGGGGGCGGGGGAAAGAGGCGCAGCAGCUGCAACGUCGGCGGGGGCUUCAAGCACCCGGCCUUCAAGCGGCGCCGCCGGGUCAACUCCGAGUGCGACCCGGUGCUGCCUUCCGAGUUCCUGCUGGGGGGCAACAUCUUCGACCCCCUCAACCUCAACAGCCUCCUGGACGAAGAGGUCAACCAGGCCCUCAACGCUGAGACCCCCAAGUCGUCGCCGCUGCCGGCCAAGGGCCGCGACCCCGUGGAGAUCCUCAUCCCCAAGGACAUCACUGACCCCUUGAGCCUCAACAACGCCCAGGAAGAUCCUCCAGUGCUGGCGUCCCCCGUCAAGGCUGGGCGCAAGCGGCACCGCCACCGGGGCGCCCAGCGCGGGGCAGCUGGCGUGGAGGGGGGCGGCAAGGCUGCUCCUCCUCGCAAGGCGGGCCAGAAGACCUGCAACGGGGCCACCCCGCAGCCCUAUGAACUCAACACUGCCAUCAACUGCCGGGACGAGGUGGUGUCCCCGCUGCUGCCGGGGAGCGGGGAGCUGCAUCAGAGCCAGCAAGCUUCGGGUUGCACCACCCCCUCUUGCACUUCAGUGGCUUCUUCGGCAGGGGGUGGGAGCCGCCACCACCGCAAGCGGCGCAGGACUUGUAGCAAAUCAGAGGGGUUGGCGGCAGCAGCCGCCAGGCAUCAAGGGGCCGCUGCGUUGAGUGAGCAGCCUUGUAGGAGCAGCCCGGAGAGGGGGCGGAGCAUGCCCCGGUGCCGACACCCGCAGACGGCUUCUUCCCAGCAGCCCCGACGACAAGCACAGCACAAAUUUCAGUACGGCAACUACUGCAAGUACUACGGCUACCGCAACCCCAACUGCGAGGACUCACGGCUGCGGGUCAUGAAGCCGGAGUGGUUCGAGGGCAAAGAAGUGCUGGAUGUUGGUUGCAACGUGGGGCACCUCACGUUGAGCGUGGCCAAGAAGUGGGGGCCCACCAGGAUGGUCGGGGUGGACAUUGAUGGGGCUCUCAUCCACUCAGCCCGUCAGAACAUCCGGCACUACCUUUCCGAGGAGAUCCAGCAGCAGCAGCAUGACAGCGGAGGCACUAGUCUUGCCAAGAAGACCUUCCCCGCCUCCUUCAUGGCCAGCCGGGGGCCCAUCGCAGCACCACGGGUGCCCCAGGAUGGGGUGGAUGUGACGGUCUUCCCCAACAACGUGAUCUUUAUCAAGGGCAACUACGUGCUGGAGCGGGAUGAGCUGCUGGAUGCUCAGCAGCCCGAAUACGACGUGAUCCUCUGCCUCAGCCUCACCAAGUGGGUGCACCUCAACUGGGGCGAUGAGGGGCUCCGGCGGAUGUUCAAGCGCUUCUACCGGCACCUGCGGCCCGGCGGCAUCCUGGUCCUCGAGCCCCAGGCCUGGUCGUCCUAUGGGAAGAGGAAGAACCUGACGGAAACUAUAUGCAGAAAUUACCACCGGAUCAAGCUGAAACCAGACCAGUUUCCCUCGUAUCUGACUUCGCCGGAAGUUGGCUUCUCCAGUUAUGAAUUGGUGGCUACGCCCAGGAACACAUCAAAAGGAUUCCAGCGCCCCAUCUAUCUCUUCCACAAGGCCCAGCUCAGCGCGCACUGAGGACCUUCUGCUCUGGCUGAAGCACCAGCUGGGGGCCUCCCCGUCUCUCCUCUCUGAUCCGCCACGGCCGCUUGCUGGGGCUGCUGUACCUCUCUCCGGAUGGAUGUUGGACACUUGGAGAGGGAAAGGAGCCUCUUUCCCACCCACCCCCGGACGGGCUGGAGCAAGCCAGAACUGGCCGCCUGGGGGGUUUCUGCCGCCCGGCCUUGACUCGCAACUGCCUUUGCUUGUCCUCAGCCAAAGGUGCCCAGAGACGGCAGUGGAGAGCAGCACGCCUGGAGCAGCUCUUGAGGACCUUGGAGAGACUGCUGGGGGGAGGGAGGGGGGAGCAGGGGGGUGGGGGGUCGGGUCCCUCUUGGUCAGUGGCAGCUGGUCUAAGGAGGUGGGCUUAAGGAAGGGGCAGCAGCCCAGAGCAAGAGCCAGCCCAAAAGAGCUCAGCUCCUUCUGCCUUGCAGGGUGGCUACAUUCCCAGCAGACCCUGCCCCAAAUCAGAAAAGGGGAAGGAAGUGUGGGCUGUAACAGGGGGAGGGGGGAGAAGACCCCAUUCUAGGUGGGUGGCUAAUGGGGGCGGCGGCAGAGAGAAGCCAUUUUAGGAGGGCAGUUCUCCCUGGAGUCAUACUGGCUGGCAACUUCCUGCCCCCCCCCUUCCUCAUGCAAAGAUGAGCACUCUGUCUUGUGGCUUCCCAAUAAGAUGUUUUGAGUAGGAGGGGCUGUUUCUGGCUCGUGGGGGUAAAUGUAGCUGCCGAGUGCUUGGUGAGGCACAUUUUGGGCUGGGGGGGGGAGGAGGAGGAAGAGGAAGCAGGGGGAGAGACCUGGGCCUUGCCCGUGGCCCAGCAGCUGAAGGGGGAGGCACCGCCCUUGCCUUUCCUGAUCUUAGCAGCAGCCGCUGCCAGGGACUCUGGCUCCCGCCCCCCCCGCCAAAGGGCGUGUGCAGUCCUGACCCAGCAGAACAAAUGCCCAUCCGCCCCCCCCCCCCAAAAAAAAACUGGCCAGUUUUUCUGACCAUCCCACUACUGGAACUUUAGCGUGGACAUGCCUGUUGGGCGGGGGGGGGGGAGAGCCCGGGCCAGCCUCUGUCCCUAGGGAGGGCCACCUGCCCAGAGCAGGGCCUGCUCCUCUUCCACGAUGGAGCAACACCCACUGCCAGCCCCCACCUGCCGCCUGUGCUCCUUGCUCCACCUCCGAGAUGGCUGCAGAGAGGCGCCUGCUCCCCCACCCCCUGGGAGAUCCUGUUUGGUCUGGAGUUUUAUCUUUGAAAAGAUGUUGAUUCUCUCUAUAAAUAAAGGCCACAGAUUAUUACCAA